AAAAGCUGAGUCGCAAAGAUAAGACGCACGUGCUGAGAAGAGAACAACGAGUCAGUUCUACAGGAAGAGUUUGAUGUCGGCCUUUGUCACAGUUUGUGUGUAUUAUUACUUUUAUUGCAAGCAUCCGUCAGGAGUAUACCGUGAAGGUAGACCUACUAGGUGCGCAAGCAGACGUCUGAAGUGAAGACAAACGAAUGGUACUUCAUGUAGUAGAAGGACGUUUGUUGGGCGUGCUGUCACAGCUCUAGGUCGGAGAGUUUAUAUGAUGGAUGAUCUGCUGCGAGAUUACACACCGUUCUCGUACUACCAGAAAAGAGUAACGUUAGUGGUGUGCGUGGCAUGUGCGCUAGCAGCACCUCAGUCCGCUAUACUUGUGUUCAUUGGCGGAACACCAGACUGGCACUGUACAGGCACAGGCGAUGCUAGCCAUGAUACGGCAACUCUUCUAAACAAUAGUGAUAUUGAUGAGGUCAGUGGGCCUUCCCAAACGCAAUGUCAGCAGUUGGCAAGUGGAUCGUGCAUUCCAGUGUAUGAACACCGCUUGGCCAGUGCUAGCAGUGAAUUUGGUCUAAUAUGCAGCCAUGCGACCGACUCAAGUUAUGCACAGUCGCUGUAUUUUGUGGGAAUGUUGCUGGGUAGCUGGCUGGCUGGUUGGUGUUCAGACGCUUACGGUCGACGAGCUGCCAUCUUGGUUGCCAUGGCGAUAUUCUUUAUUGGCUCGCUGUGCACCGCUCUGUCAGUGUCAUUCAUCAUGUUUACCAUCUCUAGGCUGCUUGCAGGUGUUGGUGUAAUGUGUCUUGGUGUGCCGGGCAACGUGUUAGUCAGUGAAUCCGUUUCACCGAGUUACCGUGCGCUGGCUACAAUAGCCACUAGUAUCACCUACAGCCUGGGUCUAGCUGGUCUCUCUCCCCUGGCCUACGCUUGUUCACGUAGCUGGAGAGUGUUAAUGGCUGUGCUGACUGCGUUGACAUUCUCUGCUGGCCUUGCAGUCUAUCUCUGGUUGAGCGAAUCACCAUUUUGGUUGCUGACCAACAAGAGACACGACCAGCUGUCGGUGAUGUUGCAACGCUGGGCAGCAAGGUCUGGUAAAACCAUCCCAGACAGACUGUUGGAAAACUUGACUUCUUCCAAAGAGAAACUGGUUGAAAGUGAUGAUGAAACCCACCAAUCUCCAUCUCACCGCCCAACAGUUCAUCUUAGUUCACUGCUGGUCUUACCGGUAUUUCGAUGGCACACACUAUCAGUACUCUGGGCAUGGUUCACAGUGUGUAUGAUGUACUACGGUCUGACGUUACACGUUGAAGGUGUUGGCAGUAACAAAUACAUUAGUUUCUUCUUCAUGGCUAUAGUUGAACUUCCAGCUUUGCUUAUUGCCAUUGUUGUGCUAAAGUACAUCGGUCGGAGAACCUUCAUCUUCUGGACAAUGGUGAUGACUACAGUGUUCUGCACCCUAUCCUCGUUCAUUGCUAAAUGGUCUACACAGGUCAACGGUAAUGACAGUACACACAUGAAAGAGACGAUAGCUAACUGGCAGCUUGCAGUGUCAAUCUGUGGGAAAUUCUCAUCGUCAGCCGUCUUCUCAAUUCUCUACACAUAUUUACCAGAAUUACUGCCCACGCCGGUUAGGACAAGCGGCCUUGGUGUGUGUGUGGUUGUGUCCCGAUUGGGUGCUAUCAUAUCACCAUUUGUCUUGGCUUGGGGUCACAGGCACCCCAUGGCUCCGUACCUGUUGUUCUCAAUUUGUGGUGCAAUAGCGUGUGCUGGAAUAUACCGAUUACCGGAAACCAAGGACAGGGAUUUACCAGAGACGUUACAGGACUUGCACCAACUGGUGACUAAAGGCUGAGCGGCCGCUGACAGACAUCUACUUCUACCGUGACUGUAUACACAAAGUGACAUGCAGCACUGCACUACUCACAUGUACUACAUGUAAAACAUCUCCAUCGUUGCCUCCUUUACUGAAGUCAGUGAAGUCGGAGGCCACACACACAGAGAAAUUGAGAAAUUAUAUUACCACUGAGUGGAGGUGAUGUUUCACAUGCAAACAGUCAUGCAUGCAUGGCUAAUGAAUUCUAAGCUCUGGUGUGCUUGACGGCAAUCUAUUUUAAAUUAUUACAAUGGAUCACUUAGUGCAACGACCAUGACUAUGAGUUUUAAGAAACCUACUCUAUAGCGCUUUCUUAGACUAGGUGCUAAUUUUGUUACUGCUCUGACCGCCAAACUGCCGGAUAUAAGGACUUGCUUUCUGCGGGUUUAAUCACCACUGUAUUCGACUUGAAGAGUAAUAAUAAUCGGAUACGAAAGACCUAGUCGAAACAUUAUGGCUUCUGUGCUGCGUGUGAUGAUUUGCUUCCCUCCAACCGAAAAUCUAUUCAACUCUAGACUCUAGCUAUAUCGCUAGUGUUUUUACAUUCUCAAAUUGCCCGUCAUACUGAAUAAUGGAAUGAGUGGAGGCUGCUGUUAUACAUCUACCAGUAUCAAUAUGUUUAGAAACAAUGUACGUGUGGUACAUCUGG